GCGACGAGGCAGAGCCCAGCUUGGAGACCGCUGUGAUCCAGGCCGUGCUCUCUGCGGGGUUGCAGAAAGACCUGCCUUUGCCCCCAGCCGCGCAGCAGGUGGUCGCGACGAAGCUGAAAUCUGCAGACAUCGAUGCUGUCGCCCAAGAGGCUGCGUCGAAGUGCUCGGCAGAGGAGUUUGCUGACUAUGCGGGGCGCCUUCGUGGAUACCUGGCCGAAGUUGAAUCCUCGCUGUUCUCAGAAGGACUCCACACCCUGGGCGCUGCACCAUCUGUGGAUGAGAUGCGAGGCUACCUAACCGCCUGCUUCGAAGAGACGAAGAGCUCCUCGCCCCUCCCGGCUGCGGCCAUCGAGAAGCUGGCAGAAAGCGCUCCAGACAGCGAUGUGAUCGGUGCCUGUGUGAAGACCGGUACGGACAACGAGACGGUGCGCGAAGCCAUCCGAGAAGCCUCAAG